AUGGCUGAAUUACUUCCACCCACAUCAUCCGAACUACUUCAAAUGGUGACCGAGUUGCGGCAAGCCAUGGCCGAAGAGAACCAAAGAAUGGCAAAUCAAAUUACCAACUUGAAUAACACCCGAAUCGAAAACAACAACAACCGACAAGAAGAAACUGAGCAUCAAUCAGGGCCGACACACGUCUCUGACGCUGCUCAGCACGAAAAGGAGCAACCCAAGUAUAAUGAAAAAGCUCGGCCAGAGAAUGAGGACGACAAUCAGAAAAACUCCCCUGGACCAUUCACGGCAGAGGUGAUGAACUUCGUGCUACCCCGAAGGUUCACCCUACCGACCACCCUAACUCCCAAUGAUGGGUUAGGUGAUCCGAAGAAAUACAUCAAGAAAUUCACCUCCAUAAUAAUAGUAAACGGUGCAUCUGAUAAAGUUUUAUGUCGUUGUUUUCCAUCUUACUUAGACGGUCCUGCACUUGAUUCGUUUUGUUCUUUGCCUGCAGGUUCUAUUUCUCGAUUUCGAGACAUAUCAAAGCCCUUUGAGGAGCACUUUGCUGGAUCGGCCAUCUACUUACAUGACUCCGAUUACCUGAACACAAUCAAGCAAGGCCAACACAAAAGCCUCAAGGACUACAUGACGAGCUUCACAAAGAUAGCCAUAAGUAUACCCGACCUCCACCCCGAGGUGGAACUGCACGCCAUAAAAAGCGGAUUGCAACCAGGAAAAUUCCAGGAAGCUAUUGCUGUGGCCAAACCUAAAACUAUGGCUAAAUUCCGCGAAAAGGCAAAAGCUCAGAUUGACAUCGAGGAACUCCACCAAGCUCGAAAAACAGAAAAACCUCAUUACAGAGACGACGACAGAACUCGAGACAAAAAGAACUUCAAACCGACUUCGCGGUGUGAGUCCUACACUCAGUUCAACACCAAGCGUGACGAUAUCAUCAAGGAAAUCUUGAAUUCGAAGCUGAUCAAACCGCCAAGGAAAGCCGGCAGUUACCCAGAUUCAAGAGGCGCGGACAGAUCAAAAUACUGCUCCUUACACCAAAAGCAUGGACACACUACCAACGAGUGUAUCAUUGCCAAUGACCUUCUAGAGCGAUUAGCUUGGCAAGGCCACCUGGACAAAUAUAUCACCGGCCACAUGCAGCGACGAACAACCACUCCUGGCGAACAACACCCAGCAAUACAGCAUGGCCGAGAUAAAGAUCGGCCAGACACCACCCAUCCCGACCAACCAAGGCGUAUUAUUAACUAUAUCUCUGGAGGUUUUGCAGGUGGAGGAACAACAAGUUUGGCAAGAAAGCAAUCUUACCGAGCUAUGCUCUCCAUCAAUGCUGAUCAAAUUCAAUAG